AUGCUGCCUCCCUCUUGCUGCUGCUACAAUGCAGAAGUGCUGUGGGGCGGCUGCGGAGAGCUACUGCCUCCCGCCAGCAGCAGCAGCAGCAGCUGCAGCAGCAGCGACCGAUGGUCCCUGACUGGCCGCAGCAGCAACUUCCCCUUCUGCUACUUCUCUCGCCCGCCCCUCAACCAGCUAAGGCUGCAGCUUUUCUCUGUGCAGCAGCAGCAGCAGCAGCAGCAGCAGCGGGAAGCCGAAGACCUCGUGGCGGUGUGCUCGCCGACCGGCACGUUGUGGCUGUUGCGGCUGCUGCAGCAGGAUGAGCACCAGCUGCCACAGCAGCAGCAGCAGCAGCAGCAGCAGCAGCAGAUGGCAGAGAUUGUGGGGUGCGCACACUUUGCUGCUGCAGCAGCGCCAGUGGAAGUUAAGGCGAGGCCCGACGGAGGGAUGCUGCUGGUGCGGGCUGUGGAGAGGCUUGUUGCUGUCCGCAUUUCUAGCAGCAGCAGCGCAGCAGCAGCAGCAGCAGCUGCUGCUGCUGCUGCUGAUGGCGAAGAAGCUGGAUCAGAAGCAGACGCUGGCAAAGGCGAAGCUGCUGAGCCCAUAGAGGCAGCAGAUGCUGCAGCAGAAGCAGCAGCAAGAGCUGAGCCAAGUGCGAUGGCUGCGGAAGCAGCACCGGAAGCAGCAGCAGCAGCUGCUGCAGCAGCAGCAGUAGAGGCACCGGCCCGUGAACAAAGAAAGAGGCUGAGAGAUGAUGGUGGGGAGCAGCAGCAGCAGCAAACAGAGCUCAUCUUGCUGCAGCAGCAGGAGGACACGCAGCAGCAGCAGAAACAGCCGCAGAUGCAGCACCACUUGAGGGCUGCUGAUACCAAUGGCUGCUGCAGCAGCAGCAGCAGCAGCAGCAGCAGCGAUAUGCCUCCAGAAGACGGAGAGAAGAGCCCCAGCAGGAAGCGGAGGCUGGGACAUGCAGACGUCUCCGGGCUUAUUGCAGCAGCAGCAGAUGCAGCAAGUGUUGCAACAGCAGCAGCAGCAGAUGCAGCAGCAGCAGCAACGACGGCAGGCGAUACAGCAGCUUCUGCAGAAGCAGCAGUGGCUGCUGCAGACGCAGCAGCAGAGGAUGUGACUGCAGGCCGGAUGACAGAAGCAGAAGCUGCAGCAGCAAAAGAAGCAGCUGAAGCUGCAGCAGCAAAAGAAGCAGCUGGGAGCGGCGCAGCGGCAGGAGCAGCAAAAGCAGCAGCCGCAGCAGCAGCAGUAGGCAACGAAGCAGCGGCGGCAGCAAUGACCGCAGCGCCAGAAGCAGCAGCAGAAGGCGCAGAAGCGGGGGCCGCAGCAGCGACAGCAGCAGCAGCAUCAGCAGACGGCGCAGCUGCAGGAGCCGCAGCAGCGACAGAAGCAGCAGCAGCAGCAGCAGCAGCAGCAGAGCAGCAGCAGCAGCAGCAGCAGCAGCAGCGGCAGCAGCAGCAGGACAAGCCGCCUUGGGCGCAGCCGGCGCACAAGGAGGAUCAGCGGACGGCGCCGAACUCGCAGAAGCCGCAGUUGAAGCAGCAGCAGCUGCAGCAGCAGGAGCAGCAGCAGCAGCAGCAGGAGAGUCGGGAGAGGAGGAAGGUGUCGCAGGACCGCGUGCAGCGGGAGAAGUACACGUGCUGCUGCUUCAGCAGCAACAGCAGCACGGAGCAGCCGUCCAUUGCUGCUGUUGCUGCUGACCGCGGCAGCACCACUGGACUCUACAUGGUGGAUGUUGCUGCUGCGCAUGCAAUAGAAGCUGUUGUGUUGGCCCUGGAGACCAGCAAGCUGCAGCGGCUGCUGCAGCUGCAGUGGGCGCCGCGGAGCUGCUGCGGGCUGCCUGGGGGCGUGAGCGCCGCUGCUGCUGCUGCUGCUGCCUGCUGCAGCGGCGACGUCAGCAGCAGCAGCACCAGCAGCAGCACCCUCGUCGCCCUCGAGAGGCGCCAGGGGCUGCUGCUGCUGCUGCAGCCCAAACGCCGCAGCAUUUGGAAUUUGCUGCACCCGGACUUCGAAAGAAUUGAAAAAAAUGUCGAAGUCGUGGAAGGCCCCACGGAGUUCGACGCUGUACAGACACCGCAGCAGCAGCAGCACACGCCCCUCUACGCAGCCCUGCGGCGCUUCAUCGCCAGCAGUGACCCCAUCAGCGGGCUUCCCUGCUGCAGCCCGGCCUUUUUGCUGCCGCCUGUGCAGGGGCCCCCGCAGGCAGCAGCAGCAGCAGCAGGGCCGCUGCUGUGGAGCUGCUUCGAGCCGCUGUCUGCUGUUGCUGCUGCUUACGCUGCAGCAGCAACACUCACAGACGAAGACGGAGAGACGCAGCUGCAGGACCUUGCGGCUGCAUUUGCCCGAACGCUGGAGGGGACAGCAGCAACAGCAGCAACAGCAGCAGCAGCAGCAGCAGCAAUGGCAGCAGCGAAGGCUGCGCAGGCUUCUUUCUACCCUUCUGUUUCGUUCUGGGUGCAGCACCCGAUUUGGGGGGACCUAAUGCGGCUGCACGAACUGUGCGCAGACCCCGCAGCAGCAGCAGCAGCAGCAGCAGCAGCAGAGCGGCUGCAGCAGCAGCUGCCGCGAACAAGUGCAUUUUCAGCCCGCAGCGAGUGGCUGCCAGGGCCCACUGGGGGCCCCCCGGGGCCCCCGCAAGCAGACAUGGCCGUGGACGGGGGCAGCAGCAGUGCUGCUGCUGCUGCUGCUGCUGCAGCAGCAGCGCCGCCCGAGGGGGCCCCCCAGAAGUCUUUAAAGCAGCAGUUUCAAGAAAUAAUCUGCAGCAGCCGAGCUAGGUACGCAGCGCGAAUGGCGGGGCGAGGAAGGACGCUGCAGCCGCCGCUGCAGCAGCAGCAGGCUUUGCUGCUGCACUGCAGCAGCGCCCACGAAGGCAGCAGCAGCAGCAGCAGCUUGUUGCAGCAGCAACAGUGA